AUGACAGUCAGUCAUUGUCGAGCAGACUGAAAGAUUGCAAGCAUCGAACAAGAUUAUUUCUCUGAUUUUACAAAGACAAACGAGUGUACAGAGGAUUAGUUUGAAUUGCGGAAAACAGAAAAUCUACAUUCAGAUACUACUUUUACAUACAUAAUAUUAAAUACACUCUUCAAGUGCAGCAGAUCAAAUUAAUCUGCAAAAUGCAAGCUGUUGGUCAGUGUUCAGUGUGUGCCAGCCGUGCUGCCGGAGGAUUUCUGCGAAAUCAGACAGACAUUUCACUGCUGCGGACCAACAAGAGUGUGCUCAGGAGAGGAGCAGCCUGUAUCCGUUUCCUAAGCAGAUCUGAGAGUGUCCUAUUCAGCAGCAGGAAGCCUAGAGUCCAGAAGUUGGGUGAACAGACAGAUACUGCACACAUGAGCAUAGCACCUUUAAGUGUUGGCCGUGGGUGCUAUGCUAGCUCCUUUACACAGCAAAUGGAAAACCUCUCUCAUGACUCCCUGAUCAGAAGAGCAGCCUCAUUGGUUACAGACAGUUCAAGUACUUUCCUCUCCCAGACCUCCUUGGCUCUCAUAAAUGCCCUUACAGACUACUCAAAGGCUGUGCACACACGCAUUGCUGUCCAAAGACGGUAUUUAGCCUCAGUGGGAAAACUGACCCCAGCAGAAGAGGAUUCGUUCCUGGAGGUGAUCAAUGGCCAGCGUGCAGAGGUUAGUGUCAGAUUACAUGAAUGCAAACGCUUUGAGUCAACCUGGAUCAACGCUGUCAACUUGUGUAAAAUGGCAGCUGAGGCAGCACACUCUUCAGGAGCCGAGCAGGGUUCCAUCACAGUAAGGACAAACAUUCAGGUGGCCCAGUCGCAGGUGGGGGAAGCUCGGAAACUGUCAGCGGAUGCAGAUAAGAAGUUGGCCGAGACUAAAGUAGAAGAGAUCCAAAGGAUGGCAGAAUAUGCUUCCUUUCUGGAGGAUGGCGCAGAGCGUGAGGUGCAUGAGGCUUAUCUACGAGAGGACUAAGACAAAUAGACAGAGAUAUUGGAAAACAGCAAAACAAUAAAUGUAUGCUUUCACCUUCGAAAGCUUUGAGCUUUCUAUGUUUGAUUUCCCUAUUAUGUCUCCCUUCUUUUUUAAACCUUUAAGAUGUUUACAUGUUUUAAUUUACACAAAGAAAAUCAAAAUCUGAAAAGGGAAUGAAAUAAAUUGUCAACAAUUUGCAAUUCUUUAAUGUUGCAUAAAUCAUUAUUUAUGACUAUUUAUUUGAUUAGUGAAUGGCUGCCACUUUUUGAGCGAUGAUGUGUGUAUUGAUUAUCGAAUCUCCAGCAUAUAUAUUCUAUGGCAGUCGGCGGAUCUUGUAUUGUCACAAAGACAUUAUUUAUAAAGCUAUUAAAAUCAAAAGAUUCUAUGAGUA